ACUGCCUCGCCAUGGGGCUCGCCCUCCUGGCCCCACUCGCCGUGGGGCUCCUGGCCCUGAGCUGCUGGGCGGCACCGCUCCACUCCCAGCCCCCAGCUCUGGUCACCUUCCCCGGGGAGCUGGUCAGUAACCUGACGAACCUGCAGCUGGCCGAGCGCUACCUCCAGCGCUUCGGCUACGCGGAGCCGGGGCCCGAGACCCGCAGCAGGCAGGUGUCCCUGGCCAAGGCGCUCAGGAGGAUGCAGAAGAAGCUGGGUUUGGAGGAGACGGGCGAGCUGGAUGCCAGCACGCUGGAGGCCAUGCGGGCCCCUCGCUGCGGCGUCCCCGACGUGGGCCGCUUCCUCACCUUCGAAGGCUACCUCCAGCGCUUCGGCUACGCGGAGCCGGGGCCCGAGACCCGCAGCAGGCAGGUGUCCCUGGCCAAGGCGCUCAGGAGGAUGCAGAAGAAGCUGGGUUUGGAGGAGACGGGCGAGCUGGAUGCCAGCACGCUGGAGGCCAUGCGGGCCCCUCGCUGCGGCGUCCCCGACGUGGGCCGCUUCCUCACCUUCGAAGGGGACCUCAAGUGGGAGCACCACGACCUCACUUACCGGGUGCUGAACUACUCCCCAGACCUGGACGCAGCGGUGAUAGACGACGCCUUUGAGCGAGCCUUCAAGGUGUGGAGCGAGGUGACCCCGCUCACCUUCACCCAGCUGCGCAGCGGCGAGGCCGACAUCAUGAUCCAGUUUGGCACCGAGGACACAGCUGUGAUUGGCGGGAACUCCCAGGGCGACCCCUGCGUGUUCCCCUUCACCUUCCUGGGCCAGACCUACGGCGCCUGCACCAGCGAGGGCCGGCAGGACGGGAAGCUCUGGUGCGCCACCACCAGCAACUACGACACUGACCACAAGUGGGGCUUCUGCCCCGACCAAG